AACCGGAUGUAGUGAUAAGCCUUCUGACGGCUGAGAGGACGGUUAGCACUUAGCAUUCGAGCUAACGUGAUUUAAACCUUCAGAUCCCUUUAUAUUUUAAGGUUAUUUCAUAUUUUAAUCAGACAACACCAAAGAAUAGACAUGAUUAAAUCAAUUUUGAUAUUUAACAACCACGGGAAGCCGCGGCUGAUCAGGUUUUAUCAGUAUUUUGCGGAGGACAUGCAGCAGCAGAUCAUCAGAGAGACUUUCCAUCUGGUUUCUAAAAGAGACGACAACGUCUGCAACUUCUUGGAGGGAGGAAGUCUCAUUGGUGGCUCCGACUACAAGCUGAUCUACCGGCACUACGCCACGCUCUACUUUGUGUUCUGCGUGGACUCGUCUGAGAGUGAGCUCGGCAUCCUGGAUCUGAUCCAGGUGUUUGUGGAAACUCUGGAUAAAUGCUUUGAAAACGUCUGUGAACUGGACCUGAUUUUCCACAUGGACAAGGUGAGCGGGCAGCCAGUUUAA